GUUAAUUCAUGAGUGUUUAUAGAGUGUUUGGAAAACUGCAUUGUUUAAUACAGCAUUUUUUGUUUCAGUUUCGUUGGAGCAAAAACCUCCUACGAGCCUGAACUCAACUGUUAAAUUACGGGGGUUUCAAAAUGUCGGAAUUCCCCAAACAUGGGACUUUCCUACACAGUUGUUGUCGAUGCCACGUGUGAAUCCAUGUCAACAACGAAAAGUGGAAACUUUAUUGGGUUGUGCGAGGACGGCUAAGCCCCACAUCGCCACCGGGUACUUUUACAAUCGUCAACAAAUACAUUAAAACGCUUAAUCCAGUGCUUCACUUAUUUUAGAUAUCCUGCCUCUAUUAUGAUUUUAAAAGACAAAACACAACAUUCAUCAAGGACGAACUCUCUUUCAAUGAGACUUAAUAAAAAAAAUGAAUAAAUAAAAGACGGGAAGGAAAUCAAAAUUGCAGAAACUAAAAUUGAUUGUGGUAACAAUAUUCAAAUGUGAUACUUAUUGUGGAAUCAGGCUAAGCUUACAUUGUAGAAGAAAAAAAAACAAAUACAGAAUGUCAUUAUAUUAAAUAUAUGUUUGUCUACUAAGGGUGAUCCAUACUGUCAAUUUAGUUGUGUUACCUGCGAUUAUCUUAUGUAUCACAGUUUACAAUAUGGCUGAAUAGAUUUCCAAUCACAAUACUAUUACAAGGCACUCACUGGGUUUACAUUUGCAUUAUGACGUUUAGUAGGCAGGGUCUGUUUGCGUUACAUUUUAACAGGAAGAGCACACCAUAUCUUUGGCGAUGGGACAUACCAUGAAGCACGUGACCCGCAGAAGCACAUGUUGUCACCAACCUGAAACUCUUGUGAAACGGAGAGUGUCCACAAAUCAGUGACCACAUUAUAACUGCUGAUUAUGUGGAACUCACACACCCUGCCUAGUGUUUUUGAUGAUCCAGCGAUCUAUCAGCAAGACAGCACCUGCACAGCUCAGAACAGACACAAAACUUGGGAGCAUUACGCGGACCUGGUAUGGCUGCUCCCUUUGUUCCAGUCCCAUUCCCGGUGGACUGGACUGGAGCAUGCAGGUCCUGGACAAGGAGAGGCUCUCCCUUACGUCCUGCUUCGUCCAUGGACUCUGAGCCCUCACCUCCACAAAACAUCUCCUGGGUGAUAGGAGCUGGACCCUGCAGUGUUGUAGUUGGGACUCCCAUCCCAGAUGAUUCCUGGAGUAGACCCAAAGAAGGUGUGUUGGAUGGGUUAUCCACACUGCUGGAGGAUGAAGGGAGGCGCUGCGAUAGCUGGGUGGAGAGACCCAUCACCCCUACACUGCUGGGCUACGAUAUCCUGGAGGGGAGGGCAAAGUUUACGGUCUAUAAGAUCCUGGUGAGGGAGGGGCAAGGAGACAGCUGGGUGAUCUUCAGACGAUACAAAGACUUCCACAGGCUCCAUGACAAGCUUAAAAAGCUGUUUCCCAGUUUCUGUCAUGCUCUGCCUCCUAAGCGCUGGUUCAAAGACAACUAUGAUGCGGAAUUUCUAGACAAGAGGCAGAUCGGGCUGCAGACGUUUCUGCAGAAGUUGACGCUAGACAAAGACGUCAUCGGCAGUGAAGCCGUCAGAAACUUCCUGUGUUUGGUUGACCCACCGAGUCCAUUUGACAGCCCGGAGGAAAUUAGGGCUUUUUGUGAAACUCUGGAGGAGACUAACCAUCAUCUUCAGACAAAACUCUCAGAAAGUCAGAGGGAGUUUGACAUUUUGAAGAGGACCCUCGAGGAGAAGGAAUACUAUAUCAGCCUCCUGGUGAAGAAAGCCAAACCCCUGACACUUUCUGCAGCGAGCGGUCAAUGGAUGGAUGGAUGGAUGUGAGUGGAUUAAAGCAGCAAUGCACAGACACAUAUGAAGGCGUGCAUGAUGACAGAGAAUACUCUGAAACUGAGACUGACAAAGAAUCAUUUUACAGAACCAGGUUACCUCACGUCCUCCAAAGUCUGUUACAGAAGUCUUCGUCACUAACUUUCCAAUUUCAAACUGGCAGUUAUCAAUUCACACAAGGCAAGCGUCUUAUUCUUUUUCACACUCACUAAAAAGGCUAAUAUUUAUUUUCUGUGUUACUGUUAACGAUGUUCCCACAUUUGUCCUUCACGAUGACUCAUUUUAAGAUUUUGCUCUGAAACUUCUGACAAAACACAAGCUCAGCGACAGUACUGUCAUGGUGAAUGAUGUUAUUCUGUCAACUGCAGAGAACUACAGACUUUUUGUUUGUAUGUUAAGUGGUGGAUUGUAACUGCAUUGCUGUCUUUUCCUUAAGUUUUCCUAAUAAGCUGUAAAUACCUCAAGAUAUCCAGUAUUGUAUUCACAAAAAUGGCCUGUGUGUUAUGUUGAUUUGCAGUACCUGCGUUUUUGCCCCAAAUGUGAAUAAUGAACCUUGUUAUCCUAAUGACCAAGGUGUCUUUAGAUUUAAAGCUUGAGACAAACAUGACCAGAAGGUGGCAGCGUACUAACAGUUUCCAAAGGUAAC